AUGUUGACGAGAGGAUUCGGAAACGUCGCCAUUGGAAAGAUCGCCAAACGAGGUACGCACAGUUCAGAAUACUUGCACUCAUCAAUUUUCUCAUUUCUGUGCAAAUGACGUGUAAUUCAUCACUGAUAUCGUUUACGGUAAAGUAAAAUAGGUAUAAUAAUUAAAAAUUGUCGUUUCUACAUUCGAAUCAUCCAAAUAACACCAUACUCGCAUAGCAAACUUCACAAUAGAAAAUAGCGAGUACAAUGUAAUCAGUGCCCUCACGUCAGUUCUCUGACCACACAUCACAGAUUGUAGGCCUCUCGUCCAGCUUCUACCAGGAUGCCUUCCAGCUCUCCGAUCAGUUGACCGAUGACGAACGGUCUCUGAUGCUCUCCGCCAGAGAAUACUGCCAAGAGAGACUGUUGCCACGUGUCACUGAAGCGUACAGAAACGAAAGUAACCAAUAACACUGCUGCACUUCAGAAAUACGAAAACAGCUGAUUACAGAGUUCGAUCCGUCGCUCAUUCCGGAAAUGGGAAGCAUGGGACUGCUAGGCGCACCGUACCAGGGAUACGGAUGCGCCGGAACUUCGACAGUCGGCUAUGGACUGAUUGCGCGUGAAGUGGAACGAGUCGAUUCGGGAUACCGAUCGACGAUGAGCGUGCAGACUUCGCUCGUCAUCGGGCCAAUCUACAACUACGGAAGCGCCGAGCAGAAGGAGAAGUACAUCCCAGACUUGGCGAGCGGAAAAAAGAUUGGCUGCUUUGGGCUGACUGAGCCGAACCACGGAUCGAAUCCCGGAGGAAUGGAGACGAAAGCCACGUAAGCAGAGAGUAGGAAGUGCAAAGAGUAUAGAGUGACUUGCAGAUGGGAUGAAACCACCAAGACGUACAAAUUGAGCGGAUCGAAGACGUGGAUCUCGAACAGUCCCGUGGCUGAUGUAAUGGUUGUGUGGGCGAGAAGUGCGCGCCACGGAAACAAGAUCAAGGGAUUCAUUCUGGAAAGAGGAAUGAAGGGAUUGACGACUCCGAAAAUCGAGGGAAAGCUCUCUCUGAGAGCCUCCAUUACCGGACAGAUUGCCAUGGACGAAGUGCCCGUUCCGGAAGAGAAUCUUCUGCCGAACGCCGAAGGUCUUCAAGGACCGUUCGGAUGCUUAAACAACGCUCGUCUCGGAAUCGCGUGGGGAGCCCUCGGAGCAGCUGAGGAGUGCUUCCAUCUCGCACGUCAGUACACUUUGGACCGUCAACAAUUCGGCCGACCGUUGGCUCAGAAUCAGCUGAUGCAAUUAAAGAUGGCCGAUAUGCUGACUGAAAUUUCGCUCGGAUUGCAAGGAUGUCUUCGUGUUUCCAGGCUGAAGGACGAAGGAAAAGUGCAGCCGGAACAGGUCUCGAUCAUCAAGCGGAACUCGUGCGGAAAAGCUCUUGAGAUUGCCCGCAAAGCGAGAGACAUGCUCGGAGGCAAUGGAAUCGUCGACGAAUAUCACAUCAUGCGCCACAUGGUCAAUCUGGAAACGGUGAACACCUACGAAGGAACGCACGAUGUGCACGCACUCAUCCUCGGAAGAGCCAUCACUGGACUCAACGGAUUCUUCUGA